AUGUACUUCAAAAAGAAUAUCUUUGCACUGCUAUUACACACAGCCAUACUACAUGUAGCAACGGUUUUACCAUCUCCAGUCACAUUUGAAUUGUUAGAUAGAGAAUGUUUAUACACAUUAACCCCAAGCAUUGACUGCCAGAUAGAUUAUUACUUCGCCGUUCAGCAUGGUGAAGAAGGUGAUUAUGAUAUAAAUUAUGAGAUAUUUGGACCUGAUGGUGUAAAAUUGAUUUCCAGAACUCACGAAAGACAAGGUGAAUGGUUUUUCAAUGCGGAGUUUAAGGGCGAAUAUAAAUUUUGUUUUGAAUCAAGUAAAAAGGGAUUGGGGAAAAUCAUUGAUUUUGAUGUUAGCUAUACAUGUCAGCACAUGAAAGAAACAGAACAAACUAAAUUGAAAAAUAUGGAAAGAAAUAAGCUUUUAAAUAAUUUAGAAAAUGAACAACAAGAGACCAAAUUAUGGGAUAUGUUGGAUGAUAUAGAGCGCCAAUUAAGCCUAUUAGAACGAAAUUUGGAGUAUUACAAGACAAGAACCAAGAGAAACAAUUAUACUGUUCGUUCAACAACAAAAAGAGUUUUUUGGUUUUCCAUUUAUUCUAUUUUCCUGACAAUUGCCAUUGGAAUAGGCCAAAUAUUAAUGUUAAAAUUUUUAUUCAAUAGAUCCAGAAAACAUAGAGUUUGA